UUUCGAGGUUAGGGUGUCAAUCGUUGAAACGUCAAAAAAAAAGGGGAAUGGUCUCUAUUUUUCCUAUUUUUUCGAGAAAUGUGCUUAAAUAUCGAAUCUCAAAUACUUCAAAUCUAUUAAUUCGAAUUCCAGCGGGUGUGAUUUGUCAAAAAGCGAUUUCUGGUUUUCCAGUGACUUUACCGAUAGAGGAUGAGAGGAAUAUAAAUUUUUUUUAAUAUUUUAGAAAAAUUGAUUCUCAUAUUUCGUUAAUUAUUAUUAAAACAUCGAAUCAUAGAAUUUGCAUUAUUUCAACAACAAAAAAAAAACACUAAGGAAAAUGACGACUGAAAUCGAUAAAGAAGAAUUAAGAAAACGAUUGACACCAUUACAAUGGCACGUGACACAAGAAAAAGGCACAGAAAGACCGUUCACCGGAUGUUACAAUAAAGUCUAUGACAAGGGUACCUACACUUGUGUGGUGUGUGAUCAAGAAUUAUUUUCUUCCGAAACAAAAUAUGACAGCGGAUGUGGUUGGCCUGCUUUUAAUGAAGUUUUAGAUCAGGGGAGAGUUAAAUUGACUAAAGAUACUUCACAUGUCGGCGGAAAUCUACUACUGCUGAUCGCAAAUCCAGAUAUGGUGCGGACUGAAGUCAAUUGCUCGAAAUGUGGAUCACAUCUUGGACAUGUUUUCAAUGAUGGACCAAAACCAACGAGGAAACGAUUUUGCAUCAAUUCCGCUUCCAUUCAUUUCCAUGCGGCUGGCGAAGAAAAAAGAAACUCGUGAAAGAAAAAAAAAAAAAAUCUCUAACAAACUUUUCGGCUCAAAGAACAAAAAUCACUGUUUACUUUGAUGAUCGUAUUUAAAAGGAAAUUUCAAUUUACAACGAUCAUUGUGACCAAUAAAAAAAAAAAGAAUUAUGAAAGUAAGACAAACUUCUCAGCAAAAUUUCUUUACAUCUUUGAAAAAUUAGAAUUACCUAACUUUUACAAAAAUUAAAUUAAAUUAUGCUAUUACAAAUUAAAUUAUGUGUUAAUUAAAAUUUACUUUUAAUAUUCUAAAAUGCAUAAUAAUUAAGAAUUAAUAAAUUAUUUUACAUUUAAGAUUUCUAAUUAGAUUUGCUAAUCUGAAUAACGAUUUUUGAUCUUUUUUCCAACUAAUAUUUAUGUAAUUACUUUUUUUUUUAAUAUUUAACGAAAGAGAUUUUUGUCUUCAUUUAGAAUUUAAAGUGCACAAUAAACUUCCAUUUAUUGUGUUUUUAUAAAAUAGAAAAAUUAUAUAUUAAACUCGCGAAAAUGGAAGAUUAUGUAUAAUAUAAAAAAAAAAAAAAAUGUAUGAAAAUUUUAUAUAUAGAGACAAAAAAAAGUGGAUAUUGUUAUUUUUUUCCAAUCACUCAGAGGCCAUGAUUUGUAAAUAAAUCAUUGUAACUAUUAUUAAAAGAAUUUAAUAUAAAUAGAGGUUUCAACUUCAAAAA